CAGCGCGGUGAGUCGCGAGAACUACGUUAGAAAGAGGAGGGUUAAAAUGACCAGAGAGCCUGGUUCCUGCACAUGUUGUUCCCUCAUGGCUUCAGCUUAAGUUCGGUGCAGCAGAAGCUCUGCAUGUUUGUUACAUGACCGUCAUACUCACAGGUUAGCCCUCAUGGUAGCAGAUGAAGAGGACGCCGUGCAGCUGAAGAGAUUGAUGAGGCAGUCAGUUCUUCACCAAGAACAUGGAGAAAAUGUCCCGGGUUACCACAGCCCUCGGCAGCAGCGCCAUCAGUGGCCGAACCAUGUUCUGCCACCUGGACGCUCCAGCCAACGCCAUCAGCGUGUGCCGAGACGCCACGCAGGUGGUCGUCGCCGGACGCAACAUCUUCAAGAUCUAUGGGCUGGAGGAGGAGCAGUUUGUGGAGAAGCUGAACCUACGCGUUGGCCGCAAACCCUCCCUGAACUUUAGCUGCGCCGACGUCAUGUGGCACCAGAUGGAGGAGAACCUGCUGGCCACGGCCGCCACGAACGGAGCGGUGGUCACGUGGAACCUGGGGAAGCCUUCGCGCAACAAGCAGGACCAGCUGUUCACGGAGCACAAACGCACCGUGAAUAAGGUGUGCUUCCACCCGACGGAGGUUUACAUGCUGCUGAGUGGCUCACAGGAUGGCUUCAUGAAGUGCUUCGACCUGCGCAAGAAGGAGUCUGUCAGCACUUUCUCAGGUCAGUCAGAGAGUGUGAGAGACGUUCAGUUCAGCAUGAAGGAUUAUUUCACGUUUGCUGCAUCUUUUGAAAAUGGUAACGUCCAGCUGUGGGACAUUAGACGACCAGAUCGGUUUGAGAGGAUGUUCACUGCUCAUACCGGACCUGUGUUCUGCUGCGACUGGCAUCCAGAUGACAGGGGCUGGCUGGCCACAGGAGGUAGAGACAAGAUGGUGAAGGUUUGGGACAUGACCACAAACCGAGCCAAGGAGAUCUACUGCGUCCAGACGAUCGCGUCGGUCGCUCGGGUAAAAUGGCGUCCAGAGAAGAAGUUUCACUUGGCCACCUGCUCCAUGAUGGUGGACCACAACAUCUACGUGUGGGACAUCCGCCGGCCUUUUAUUCCCUUUGCCACUUUUGAGGAACACAAAGAUGUUACAACCGGUAUUGUCUGGCGCCACCAGCAUGACCCUCAGUUUCUGCUCUCUGGCUCUAAGGACAGCACGCUCUACCAGCACAUGUUUGAAGACGCCACACGUCCCGUGGACAUGGCCAAUCCUGAGGGUCUGUGCUUUGGACUGAUGGGUGACUUGGCCUUCGCAGUGAAUGAUAGUCUGAUCAGUAGUGACGCUAACAGGAAGCCUUAUCCCGGAGGCGACCGUCGCUACCCGUUUUUUUCCUUUAAGAGGCCCAACCUGACAGAACAGUUCGCCCACGUGUCCAGUGCGCUUAGUGUCUUCGAGACAGACUUGGACAGUAACCGCAUGGACUGGUUUGUUAAGACGGCACAACUCUACAUCCUUAGUGGGAAGCCGUUUGCUGAGCUGUGUGAUCACAAUGCCAAAGUGGCUCGGGAGCUCAAAAGACCUCAGGUUUCCACUACGUGGACCAUGCUGAGAAUAAUGUUCUCUGACCCAGCGAACAUGGCUGCACCAGCCUCCAACCUCAACCUCAGUAAGCUCGGCUCCUUGCCUUUAAUGAACAGUUUCAGCAUGAAGGAAAUGGGUUCGGGGAUGGGUGCAGAGAGCAGACUGGAGCGCAGUAAAGGUGAAAACAGGCAGGAUAACAUCCACCUGGAACCUGGGAACUCACUCAUAAGCAAUAAUAAUGAAGAAAACGAGGAGACGGAGGGCAGCGACGGCCCUGUGGAGAACAUGUUUGCUGAUGUGGAGUUGGAUGACGAUGACCUCUACUCUAUGGAGCAAGACAACCAAGCUGAGGAGCAGGAGUACACGUUACCCCAGGAGGCGUUUCAGCUGCGUCACGAGAUCAUGGAUAAUCCAUCAGCGCCGGAGCAUCUUCAGCAGGACAAGGCUGACUCGCCGCACGUCAGCGGCAGCGAGGCGGAAGUCACCUGCCUGACGCCCAUCGAGUCGUUCUCUCUCAUCUCCAUCUCCCAGCCGCUGUUCAGCCCACACCUGCCCGCCAGCUUCUUCUGCCCCAUCGUGAGGGAGAUGCUGAGCUACUACGCCGUGCAGGGCGACGUGCAGAUGGCCGUGUCCAUGCUCAUCGUCAUGGGGGAAAGGAUUCGCAAGGAGAUCGACGACCUCACCCAGGAGCACUGGUACAUGUCCUACAUAGACCUGCUGCAGAGAUUCGAGCUUUGGAACGUGUCCAAUGAGGUGAUCAAGCUGAGUACGUGCAACGCCAUCACCUGCCUCAACCAGACGUCCACAACUCUGCACAUCAAUUGCAGCAACUGCAAGCGACCAAUGAGCAACAAGGGCUGGAUCUGUGACAGGUGCCGCCAGUGUGCCAGUGUUUGUGCGGUGUGCCACCAUGUGGUGAAGGGGCUGUUUGUGUGGUGUCAGGGCUGCAGCCACGGAGGACAUUUAGAGCACAUAAUGAACUGGCUGAAGAGCAGCGCUCACUGCCCUGCUGGCUGCGGUCACCUGUGCGAGUACACGUGAGCGCCUUCCUGCUCUCCUCUGGAGCGUCGACACGUCGUCUCCAUCCUGAAGUGAGUCUGAAGAUUAAAGAGGUUUUAAGUGUUCUCCUGGACAACAAUUUAAGAACAAACUCAAUGACAAGGUAAUUUAUUUGCAUUUGAUUUGGUCUCUGAUUUCACAGUAAUGUAGGUUAAAUUAUAACAGCAGCUGAAAGUAAAUCCAAAUUUGCUGAAUUUUAUAGGUUUUUUACCCCUCUGUAAAAUUCUGAAAGCUGUACACAAGCAAUGUUUGUACAUGACUUGUUUUGAAGUACUGUAGAUAUUAAAACCCAUUUAUGACA